ACUCUAUUAUUCUCAACAGGGCUUGUGCUGAGUGCCAUGGUAAGAACCAUGACCAGAUCGAUCCCAGAUGUGUUCUCCAACAAAUAUUUACAAAGAUCUGGAAAUGUAACUCAAUGCCUGUUGUGGAAAAAUACAUAAAUGUCCGAGUUUUCCGGGUGAACAGAAAGAAAAUACCUGGUUUUGAUGAGAUGCUGCGUCCCUGUCUUGACAUCAUUUUCUUCUCUAAUAGGUACAGACAGCACACCAAGAAAGCCGAUCCUUGGAAUAGCAUUUAGGGGACAGCUCCAACCAUGCGUGCAUUCUGGGCAAGCUGUGCUGUCAGGUUCUGGGGCACAGAGGGGGUGGUGUUCCAGGCUGGAUUGUAGGAAGACAAUGGGAGCUCAGGGCUGGGUAUGUUUUUGUCUACAUGAGGUUGAAGAACAAAUAUUUCAUGUUACCCUCAAAGAUUACCUUAGAUACAUUCUAAAGAGAAGAAAUCUAGGAAAGCCAGCCUGCUUAAAUUGUUAGGGAACCAGGUACAGCAGGUCUACUGAUGUUUAUUGCUUUGUUAAAGAUUUAGUCUUGACAAAGACACAAUUUCAUGUUUAGUGAUAUUUAUGAUCUGUCUUUAUAUUUAAAAGCACAUACAAAACACACACUAACUUGCUUGUUUUCGAAGAUGUUAAUCAUCAAUUAAAGUUUGCAGCCUUGUCUUCUUUGGAACAAUUUAAAUUGACCUUGUAGUUUAUUGUGCCUUUAAUGAUAAUUCCGCCAGCUUAACUUGUCACGGAUGCAGAAAAGGAAGCUUGUCAAUAAGUGAGCAGAAGUAGCAUCUGGUCAAUGAGGGUUGCGGUGUGGUUAGUUGAAGAGUUUGCAAUGCUUUAGUAAGGAAUUCUGAACGGUUAAUACGCAUGUGCUGGGAGCUGGGGUUUGGAGACUGUGCUCUGCACCGGAGAGCUCAAUUGUCCUGUGAGUCAUCCAAACACUGGCUCCAGUGAGUCAGAACCGGUAAUGGCGCUGCUCAAAGGGAUGCUUCUCAGCUGAUUUAGAAUUGCAUGGCAGUUUUGUUUGGCAGAUUUCUUCUUCAGAAAUCCAGGAGCUGGUGGCUCAUAUUUAAAACAGAUAAGCCGCUAAAAAAGUAUACGAAGCAAAGUCUUGAGUUUCAAUGUUUUAAAUUUUAUUCGCCUUCAUUACACAGUCUGUAUCUUUAUAAAAAUGUCACAGCCCUUCUCUCUUUAGAUGAUGCUACUGCUUGAGUAUAAAAGGGUCUCUGUUGAACAGUCUGGUAGAUAAGCCAGGUACUUUAUCCUGUAAAUGCUGCCCUGGAGGUGAAACCCUGGCUAGGGUGGGGCACCUGCUCUUCCUUUCUGAUAGUACCAAGAACAAGAGCUUCCUUUAUUGAGAUGUUACACACACCCCUGUUUAGUCCAAUUAGAAGCACCCUGAACUAAAAAUCACUAUUCCAGUUUUAUUUAUAAUGUGAUUAACAUCCUGAGUGGUUGUCCUGGGUUAUGCGCCUAGUGAGUGGCUAGGCUGAAAUUGCAAUGCAAGCUAUGUCUUGGAAUCUGAGUCCUUGGGGCCAAUUCAACCCCACAGGUUCUAGCAGAAAUAUCAUCCCAGAUAACACUACUUAUUGGCUGGUUAAUGAUGCUUAUUGGAUCAUGGCUUCUUGCUCUAGUGUCCUGGCCAUCUUUGGCCAUAGCUAACCCUGAAUUCACCUAGUAGAGCCCCUAUGAAGCACUGUUUUUGCCCUCUGAGUUCAUUGGCUCUGUUUCUGAAAAUUCCUGGGGAUGGAAGGGUGAGGAUAUGUCAUCUACCUUUAUGUGGGUCCACAUGGCCAAGCUGGGUUAGUACUAACUGUAGCCUUACUGUAGUCCUGGGAACCGGCUUUGCUUGCAUUCAAACAGCUUUGGUCUAGAAGACUGGAGCUUUAGCUGGACAUGAAACCUCUAGGAACUGGUUAGGACACCCUCUUAAAAGCUCUGCUUCUCUACGAAAGCCUGGAAAGCUUUUAUGUUUCCAAUGUUUCUAAUAUUCCAGAACUAGGAGAUGCCUAGAAAUAUGAACAUUCCCCACAGAAAAACUCAAGUGGUUAUCAUUCUUAUACAGAAGGUGUUAAUGCAUGAUUAUAUUCUGGAAUCUUCCAAAAGGGUCUGGGAAAACUUCAGAGACUAGGGAUGCGAAAAGACUAGAUACACUGGGAGUGUUUUAUGCCUUGUUUUGUUUUAACUGAGAAGAAAAGCAAAUACAGGAUACAAUCUAGCAGGUAUUAUGGUGUCAUGGAGCAGAACUUGAUUCUGAACUGCAACUCAGAUCCACAGGAAUUGAUACAGUGUUAAGAGAACUUCAGAACUCUGUGGCAUCCAUUUGUUUAAUAAGAUCUUAUUGUCUGUAUACAGGAAAAAAAGGAAAGAAAUGACCUGGCUACUUGAUUAUUCAUUUAGCACCACUGCGUGCUUGUUCUUUGAGUUCACAAGUCAUGGAAAGUUGGCCAUGAGGUGACUGUCCCUUUGUGAUAAGCAUGACAACAGUUUGUCUUCAAACUGAGUGCUGAGCCAGGUUCCUUGGCACUUUAGACAUGCUGAUCUAACCAAUCUUUAGGACAAUACAGUGAGAUGAAGUACCCAAAUGCUCCCUUUUACAGAUAGGAAAAUAGAGGUACUAGUGUGGAUAAUGGCAAAGAAUGAUGGAAUCCAGGUCUUCGGUCCCUAGAACCCAUACACUUGACCUUUAUGAUGUGAAUGUGGGGCUCCAUUCACUGGAACAGCAAGGGUGAAUGGGAGAAUGUAACCAGAGCCUCUUAGACAUUGGAAUGAUGAGUCUAUAGUUUGUAUUCAAGCAGGAAUAACAAGACUAGAAAUAGAUUGAUCUCUCCGAAUGUAGCACUUGCUGUGUUGAUCAACAGCAGUACCCUGACAGGAGCUACAGGGAGAAGUAUCUGCUAUGGCAGGGAAGAGGGGCCAUGGUAAGAUGUCUAUCUUGUUGAUUGGAGGAUCCUGGUGUCAGAAAGCACUCCGGAUGAUAGGAUCAUCACAUGAUCUGAGGUCUCUGAGGAUGGUGGGAGGGUCUUGGAAUUUCUUCUAUUUUUUUUUUUUUCAGAUAGAAGAACAUGGAGUAGUUCUGAACCACGUUUGUGCAAUUCAGAGGGGUGCCUUGUGGUGAAAAGAGCCAAGGAUGAUAAGAAAAGCCUUUUAGUGGAACACAUACAAUGAUGGAGUGACAAGGACCCACAAAGAGAGUCAGGAUGGAGAGCCCAGGAUGAACUGAGGCCAUUGAGGACAGCCCAGAACAACAAAGAGUCUUUUCAUGUGGGGACCAGAGCAAGGAACAAGGACUGCACAGAUCCAUCACUGCCUAGGGCAGCUGGUGUCUGUGGGAGGAGAAAGGGGAAGGGGCAGUUCCAGUUUGCCCAGAAAACAGCUGCACAGGGGAUGAUCCUGCUCCCACUUCACAGACAGCGAAGAAAAGCCGGAAAAAGUGGGCCUGGCUGGUGUCAGCCUACACGGGACACUGAAUGACCAGUGUUGCUCACUGUUGCUCCCUUUUUCUUCAGAGAGUGGUCAAAGGCAUCCAGUCCAGGCUUCACUGGGGACUUUGCAGUCUCAUAGCUCCUCCUGGGGGUAGAGACUGGUCCUUUGGACCUCCAAAGCCCUCUAGAUGAAUGGCUUCUGGAACAUCCACCUUGCUUAGCCUGUCAGGCCUUGCUGAUCACAUGGCUGAGGGCAAAGGGGCUUCUCUGAGUCCUUCAGCUGAGAAAAGAUGGAGGCUCGUGGCGCCCGAGCAGGUCCAGUCAGGGCUGCUCAGGAAGACAAACCUGGACUCUGGAGCUGCUGCAGGUAAGGGUGGCCAAGAUGUGACCUGUUCUGAACUGAGUCUGUCGACAGCAUUGAACAAGCCUCAACUGGACAGGCCUCUGGCCUGUAAGGCAUGCAAAGAGCUGCCAUGUCUCCAGGAGAGGCCAGGGGAUAUUCAGGCCCAGAAGAGGGAGCCAGAGAACCCAGAAGGCCAGCUCGGCACUCAGCAGCCACUCUUGGAUCUCCCCAGAGCCUCAGUUGAUGGCACAGUGUGGUCAGUAUGGCCGGGUGCAGGCCGGAGUGAGCAGAGAAGUGCUUUCAGCAAGCCGGCCAAGCGCCCAGCAGAGAAACACAGGCGCUCCCACAUGUUUCUGGCUAGUGGAAAUGCAGAGGGCCCAUGGGAGCUAUCAGGACUCAUCACCACUGUGGACAUCCCUUGUUGGGCUCAGCUGUCAACUUUCAAGGUCAUGGGUGAUUUCUGGAGAUUACACACGUUGUCACAGAACAUUCUGCUCUGCAAUGCUUUCCAGGGGGCUCCCACACCGUGGCUGGAUCACACCCAGGUGCAAGUACCCACAUCCUCCCCACCUUCUGCCACAGCCUCUCGGGCUCUCUUGCCACCCACACUCUCCUCCCCGGGCUUGUCCACCCAGAACUGGUGUGCAAAGUGCAACCUUGCCUUUCGUCUGACGGCUGACCUGGUCUUCCACAUGCGGUCCCAUCACAAAAGGGAGCACGUAGGCCCUGAUCCACAUUCUAAGAAACGGAGAGAGGAAGUCCUCACUUGCCCCAUUUGCCAUGAGUACUUCCGGGAGCGCCACCAUCUUUCCAGGCAUAUGACCUCACACAGUUAGUAGGUGACUAAGGAAAAAGCCGAUGGCCAUCGUGUCUGGUGCUCAGUGGUGAGGCACAAGUGAUUCCUGGCCUUUGUUGACAAGGUUGUCUCAGGUGUCUUCAAGGUUGUUCCCUUUGCUUCCCAGAGAUGAACAGCUCAGUUAUAAUUUGUCAUGUCCUAGCCCCUGUGAUGUGUUUUCCUGGAAAUUCAUGCAUUAAAAUGGUGAGCUUCGCUCAUGGGAUAAGGGGACCCAUGACCCUGGGAACGGGGCUGUUCCUGGCUCUGUUCCUAGUGCCCUGCAUGGAAGCAUGUGAGCACAAGAUGUUGGCUUUGCUGGUAAGGAAGCCUGCAUUCAAGGUGGGCUCUCUUACCUAAGAGCCACAACCUUGGACAUGUUCCUUUAACUUGCUGACCCUCAGUUUUCUCAUUUUAAAAUUGUGGUUAAUGAAUGCCAUCAGUCUUGAGGAAGGUGUGUGGUAAGUGGCCAGCUCAUUUUCCUGGUAGAAUGUGAGCACUAAGCAUAUCAAGUUCAUAGUCACUGCUUGAGCUAGUCAGCUACAAUAUUUGUGAAAUCUCAGGGGUGAACAAGUACUGGGUUUCUCUGCCAUGAGUCUGCAGCAAGGCUGAGGAUGAGCUUGGCUUGGUAGACAUAGCUCAGGCUGCAUUCAAAUCUAUGUCCUUUUCCUGCUGGGUCAAUACUCUGGACACAGUGAAGCUGGGAGCAGAGAUGGCAGCCGAAAUGCUCAGUUAGAUUCCCGGCCUCCGCCUGGGUCACAAGCCUAACCUUCUCUGGGACAACCUACAUCCGGUCCUGAAGGGACUAAGUGGAAAAGCGGCCUGGCUGAAACCCUAAUGACAGAGUGGGGGCAGCAAUCAACCCUCCUGUUCUCCGGGUCUUUGCACUGUGAAUAUGGGAGAAGAGGAAAACAGACAUGCAUCAUUCAUUCUGCAUGACUCCCAGGUGCCAUCCUUCCUUGUGAUCCUGAGCUGGGCAGGAAAGAACAACUGGAGGGAACUAAGAAUGAGGUCCCCAGCAGGCACUUUACCUCUGGUCAUCCCCCCCCUCCAACACUGGAGGACAUAGGCAGUGAAUUCUCAUACUACUGCAGAAGAAUUUCAACUUGAGAAGGUUACUGACUUUCCCAAGGCCACUACUCCAGAGUAUUGAUGGAAGAACAAAAUCCAGUGACCCUCAGAUCUGAGCUAAUGUCUCUUCCAGCCUGCUGCAUGUCUGUUUAGCUAGCAUGGUCACGGAGCAUACUGCAUGACUCAAGAAUUGGAACUUAGAGGCCGGCCUAGUCUCCUCAUGUCCAUUUCAACUUAACCUUGCUACUUGUGCGCAGAUUCGCACACACAUACACAUGCACACACAUACAGACACAGACACAUGCAUACACACACAGACACACACAUGCAUACACACACAGACACACACACAAACACAGACACACACCCAUGCACACUCACACACACAGA